AAAAGCUAUGCGUUGAUCAAAAACAAGCUACGUUAGCAACGGUAAUCUGAGCUAGUAGCCGCUACGGUCCAACAAAUUAUAAAUCGUCCAGUCUUCAGUUUAUUUUCAGCGAAUGUAUGGUGACUACUAGUGGCAAUUCCAAGUAAGCUCAUCGGUAAAAUACGUAAAUGUAGACGAGACAAUCUAUCGUACACGUUAUCCAGUGGUCAAGGUGGCUAGCUGAUUGUAAACGGUCUUAAUCUCAGCUAGCUAAACUAGCUAACUCAACAUUAGCAAACCAACGUCCUACGUCAUAUAAUUUAUAGGACAGUGGAAAUAAUGCAUCACGUCAAGAUCAAGACUGAAAGGCCAGAUCUAGAGGGGGCUGGUGCCCGCAGCAGAUUGGAUGCUGUGUUAAAGGGACUGGUAGAGAGGAGUGAAAAUGAAAGGGAGCAGAAUGAGGGUGAUACUGGAAAAAUAUCAGCAGACUCCUUAAACAAGGAUUUGUCUCCAUCAUCUGCUGGGAAAAGGCCAUCAGCUCGAUUUCCACAGCACCGAAGGAAGAAGCGCAAAGAGAUGGAGGAGGGCAUACCAGAGAGCAAUCAACACAAACAAAAUGCUUACAUUAUUAAGUUGUUCGAUCGCAGUGUGGAUCUGGCUCAGUUCAACACCAGCACCCCACUCUAUCCUAUCUGCCGUGCCUGGAUGAGAAACAAUCCUUCAGUUCGAGAGCCGCCUGCUUCCCCAAGCCCUCCUCACAGCAUGGUGGAGGAAGAGCUUACAGACAUGAUGAAUGGUAAAGGUCAGAAUGUGUACAGACUCCCUCCUCCGACCUCCUGUCCAAUCAGCACCUCUGGUGAACCCAUCAACCUCAGGAUCCCACAGACUGAAAAACCCACUGUUUCCAAGUUAACAGAUUCAGUUCCUGUACCAGGUUCGCUCAUAUGUGACCACAUGGAACGUUGGAAAAAGAUAAGGCAAAAAUGGAAGGAGUGCUCUAACAAAAACCAGUUAAGAUACAGUGAGAGUAUCAAGGUGCUGAAGGAGAUGAAGGAGCUCUAUGAUCGCUAACUGUAGCUCCCCAUCACAGAAAGACUAUGCAGUUGAAAAGCAGCCAUGGUGUAGCAGCCAUUGUUUGAACACACCUUCCAUCGACACAGUUGGAGUCAAAGGACAGCAAGUACAGAACCUUGAGCCUUAAAUAUACCACAUCUGUCUUAUGCAUUGCAAGAAAAAGACAUUUAAAAAAAAAUAGUUUGAGUUUGUUUAAUUUCCUGUGCGGGAUUGUGUCCCAGUGUGAUGUGGGACUACUUUUUUGGUUUUCACAAAAGUUCUGUGUAGAUGUCUGAAUAAAUUAAUUCGUUUUCAGGAA